AUGCACAUGGCAGCCCAGAUUCAACGCUUGGCAUGCGCGGUCCUCUCCGUCAUGCUGCAGAACUUCCGUUCCGCACUAAGGGCUACUCCUACUGGAUCGAUGUCCGGUCCAGAUAGGGUGCGGAAGGCCGGGUGGUCGCCUUCGUGGAUUGAGGAAUACCGUACCUACUGGGCUUUGUGGCAAUUGCAGCACUGCUGGGACCUUCGAGCAGCUGCCGAAAGACGACUUCCACCCGGCGAUGACGCAGCAGGAGAAGUUUCAUGGGGAGGCUGGAGUUGGUCUGCCAAGGAGAUUGAUAAGCUAGACAAAGUCGGGACGUUCGGACUGCGAAUCUUGGCUUUUCAAUUUGACUUCCCUCAACUCCAAGAAAUCCUUCACAUGAAGAUGGAAAAACUAUUACCGCUAUUUGCACCCUGUGAUAAUUCCCUUCACCCCUGCGACUAUCCCGUUUGGUGUUCACCGCCAGCGCCUAAUGACACUAAUAAGGCUGAUUUUAAAUGGCAACUCUCUACGGGAUGGGCGAAUAGUGCUCCAAGAACAGGGGUGAUUUUCAGAUUACUGGUUACAAGGACAAGGAAUUUGCCAGAGUGGUUCAGAUGUUGGGAUGUCCCAGCACUUCGACGUUUGGGUCUUGGCCUGUGGGACUACUGGCGCAUGUACUCUGCUGGGUUGAUGGAAUGUCCCCCGGGAAGGGUACCUACCCCAGAUGGAGGUUUUAGAACCGUCAACUUGGGGACAAGGAAGCUCUUCAAACCCGAUUAUACCGUGGCUAAAGCUGAUCGGCAAGGAAAUGCCUUGUGCUUCCCUUUGAAAGUGUCUAACCAGAAAAGACCAUGGAUAUAAUGGGGAAACAAUUCAGGCAUACCGCCCUACUUGUACGGAGUGGUGAGAGGAUUUGCUAUAUCGCGACCUGUACGGAG